CAGUUCUACAGCCGGAAGAGAGAAGAAGAAACGCUGCUGGAUUUCGUGACGUUACGAGGACCAUUUCCGAACACACUGGCGGGAGUGUGAAUGUUAUCCUCUAGCUACAAAAUAACCGAGAACUACAAACAAAACACCUGCCAAAGCAAGCUUUUGUUUCAUUUAUUUUGAAAACGAAUCUAGCGCCAAGCAGGUGUUAUAUUGCAAGCAAUUGAAAUUAACUAAGUUUGCAGGAGAGAAGACGGUAACAACCAUCAGAAGACACCACACACGUAUCUUUAGUCAAAGAGACUGAAUUGUUUAACGUUGGCUAGUUUAUUAUUUUCCGUCCUGCCUUUAUCUGCAACGUUAAGGGAGAUAAACGAGAUAAAUUCGAUUCAUUUUCAGAUUAUUAAUCUACUACCCAUUCAAGACUACUGAAAACAAAUGGCUAAAGUUCAAGUGUUGAAUGUCGCUGUGUUGGACAACCCAAGUCCUUUUGGGAAUCCGUUUCAGUUCGAGAUUACGUUCGAGUGCAUGGAGGAUUUACCGGAGGACCUGGAGUGGAAGAUCAUCUAUGUGGGCUCAGCAGAGAGUGAGGAGUAUGAUCAGACUCUGGACUCAGUUCUGGUCGGACCGGUACCAGCAGGCAGACACAUGUUCGUGUUCCAGGCGGAUGCCCCCAACACCGGGCUGAUUCCUGAGAGUGAUGCUGUGGGGGUAACCGUGGCGCUCAUCACCUGCACCUACAACGGACAGGAGUUCAUCCGUAUCGGUUACUAUGUCAACAAUGAAUACACUGACCCAGAGCUCCGAGAGAACCCACCAAUCAAACCAGACUACACACAGCUGCAGAGGAACAUCCUGGCCUCUAACCCCCGUGUGACCCGGUUCCAUAUCAACUGGGACGGCUGUUCAGACAAGAUGGAGGACAGUGAGAACGUAGACCCCUCCCCCAACAGCAGCAGUAGCAGCAGCAUGGUGCCCUCCUCCUGUUUAGCUGGCAAGGCGUUACCUGUAGGACUGCUGUCUGGUAACUCGAUGGACUGUCUGUAGAACACAGCCACCCCUCCAGCAUUGCCUUGCCACGUUCUACUCCAGCAGUCGCCAGCAGUCUUUGGCAGGAAGGUUGAGUCACUUAUUAUAAACCAGCUGUACUGUAGGGUGUACGGUCUCUCUCCUUCACACAGCAACACCUCCCUCUGUCUCCACUGGCACUGGCACCCUAUUCCCUCCAUAAUGCACUACCUUUGUGAACAGGGCCCUCUGCUCCAAUGUAGUGCACUACCUUUGUAAACAGGGCCCUCUGCUCCAAUGUAGUGCACUACCUUUGUAAACAGGGCCCUCCGCUCCAAUGUAGUGCACUACCUUUGUAAACAGGUCCCUCUGCUCCAAUGUAGUGCACUAUCACAGAACAGGGUGCCAUGUCAGACUCCUGAUCCAAACAGUCCUGUUGUGUGUCUUCUUGUUUUAAAACCUAACUUCACACCUGGACUGGUUUCCAUAGCAACACAGCUAAAGCUCAGGCCCUGCUUCAAUACUGUAGAAAUGCGUCCCUGUUUCCUUGAGGUGAGCAGGGUACCUGGAAGUGAUUUGUAUCGGUGGAAACAAGGUGACCACACUAUUACUUUACCUGUCCAACCAAUCCCCGAUCUGGGAUUACUUCCACCUGUCCAACCAAUCCCCGAUCUGGGAUUACUUCCACCUGUCCAACCAAUCCCCGAUCUGGGAUUACUUCCACCUGUCCAACCAAUCCCCGAUCUGGGAUUACUUCCACCUGUCCAACCAAUCCCUGAUCUGCGAUUACUACCACCUGUCCAACCAAUCCCUGAUCUGGGAUUACUUCCACCUGUCCAACCAAUCCCUGAUCUGCGAUUACUACCACCUGUCCAACCAAUCCCUGAUCUGGGAUUACUUCCACCUGUCCAACCAAUCCCUGAUCUGGGAUUACUUCCACCUGUCCAACCAAUCCCUGAUCUGCGAUUACUUCCAGGAAGGUAGGCCUCUAGAGGGAGACUGAGUUGUCUCUAGGAAAAAGCCUCACCCUACAGGGUGAUUCCAGGACUGUUCAGGCCUCAAUUCAGGAAGUACUCUGUAACUCCUUCAAAUCAAGGCUUUUCAAUGAAGAAAAUGUAGAAUUGGAUGUAGAAUUUAAAAGGACUUGAUCCCGAACCUGGUCUGUGUCAAAAAUGUCAGUCUGUUCCCUACAUAGUGCACUACUUUUGACUAGACUUGUCCGGGGCCCAUAGGGCUGUUGUCAAAAGUAGGGCACUAUGUAGGGGCUAGGGUGCCAUAUGGGAGGGAACAUGUGUUGUAGUUGGGGGAGGGGUUUGUUUAUGUCAGUCAUGUGACUGUUGUUACUUUACUGUAUAUACCUUUGAUUCAUUAGCACUUAAGAGAUGUCGUGGGUUUUUUGUAUUUUGUUUUGCAUUGUAAUAUUUGUAACAAUGAAAAUAAUAAUAAACAUUUGUUGUUUUUAAAA